AUGAAGCAUUUGGGUCCGCGGGCUAUCAUACCUCGACCAACCAGGCCAUACUUCGUCUGNCAAAAGACCCUGACAAAUCUUGGACGAGGCUUCGAUGACGUCUCCUCAUUCCAUGCACCGGUCGACGGAACCUACUUCUUCACUUUCGCUAUUCACAGCGGUGUCAAGAGUGCUAGAGUGUACCUCCGCACCAAUGCCGGCUAUGUGAAUGAAGCCUUUGGGUCCGCGGGCUAUCAUACCUCGACCAACCAGGCCAUACUUCGUCUGCAGAAGGGAGACAGGGUGUGGCUCCAACAGCAACCGAAUGGAGCUACGAUUAGCCUUCCAGAGCACAUUCAUGUCUCGUUUAAUGGAUUCCUUUUGUAUGAAGAUUAA